CUACCUUUCAGGAUUCAGGGAUUACACCCUCACCGUCUGGUCAUACAAAACAUUUCUCUUUGUGACCUUUUUAUUUAUUCUGCCGAGAUGAUGGCUGGAAAAUGGUUGGCGGUCGCCGUCUUUCUCUGUAUCUCCACCAGUUGUGUAGUGGGUCAAUCAGUUACCUGUGAACAAUGGUGCCAGAAUGGCUUGAAUUUUUACAGUAAAUUUGUACAAAGUCAGUCAUUUUUACAAGGUUUCUUCAGCUCUUGCCUUACUCAAUGUCCAGGUGCAACUACAUCAGCAACAAGUACCACAAGAACUAGCACCACACCAACCACUUCAACAUCCACGCCAACAUCUACUAAAACCACAACAACCACAACAUCCACAACAUCUACGACUACAAGGCCGCCAACAACAACGAGCCCGUCGGCCACAUCAGGCUGCGGGGUAGCGUCCUACGUGAAUCGCUACAAGAUUGUGGGAGGACAAAGGGCCGAGGAGUGCGAGUUUCCCUGGAUGGUUGGUGUCUCUGUAGACAGCAAUUUCUGUGGAGGAUCCAUCGUAGACAAUCUUCACAUCGUGACGGCAGCCCACUGUGUCAGAGACAGGUCAACCAGAGAAGUUAUUAGUCCAACCCGAGUCAUUAUCCGUACUGGAUCUUCAUACUUGAACAACAUGAGAGCUUACUACGUCAAAUCUGUUACCAUUGACGCCAGACACGUCCCAGGAAUAAAUGACUACGAUGUUGCUGUACUUACCCUGAUCGAGCCUCUAGUCUUCAAUAACUGCACCGCGCCUAUUUGUUUACCUUAUUCAGGAGAUGACGCUACAUACGCCAGUUACUGCAUUGCUGCAGGCUGGGGACUAACUAGCUCGUACGAUACAUCACUGUCCAGAAACUUGAUGAAAGUGGUACUACCUAUAGUGGAUAACUCUCUUUGCAUGCAGUCCUAUUCUUCACAGUACAUCAAUGACUUAAAGAUUUGCGCUGGGGACUUUUACUACGGUGGAGUUGACUCUUGUCAGGGAGAUUCAGGUGGUCCUCUCAUGUGUUAUGAAAACGGUCGCUUCGUUCUUCACGGGAUCGUCUCGUUCGGUGCAACGUGUGCCCAGCCCAGAUACCCAGGCGUAUACACCAAGGUCGCUAACUCACAGAUACUAGAAUUUAUCAAAAACAAUUUAAAUUAGAAAAGACAAAAAAGAGAAAAGAAAAAAAAGUUGGGAAAUAAUGACUUGCAAUGUUUGUUCAAAUCAAAAUAAAAGUCAUUAGUUCCAAUGAAACGAAA